UUUGCUGUUCNCAUCCUUUGGGAUCUUUUGACUCUUAUAUACCGUGCUCUUUUAUUUGCAGGUCAUUACAAUAUUUUUGUUGGUGAUCUAAGUCCUGAGGUCACUGAUGCUACACUGUUUGCAUGCUUUUCUGUCUACACCAGUUGUUCAGAUGCAAGGGUUAUGUGGGAUCAGAAGACUGGGCGUUCAAGAGGAUUUGGAUUUGUUUCAUUCCGCAGUCAACAGGAUGCACAAAACGCUAUAAAUGAUUUGACUGGUAAAUGGCUUGGAAGUAGACAAAUACGUUGUAACUGGGCAACUAAAGGUGCUGGUGGUAUAGAAGAGAAGCAAAACUCAGAUGCAAAAAGUGUGGUGGAACUAACAAAUGGCUCAUCUGAAGAUGGUAAAGAGGUUUCUAAUAGUGAUGCUCCUGAGAACAAUCUUCAGUAUACAACGGUUUAUGUGGGUAACCUUGCUUCAGAGGUAACUCAACUCGAUCUCCAUCGCCACUUCCAUUCUCUUGGGGCUGGCGUGAUAGAGGAGGUUCGUGUCCAGCGUGAUAAAGGGUUUGGUUUUGUGAGGUACAGUAAUCAUGCUGAAGCAGCUCUGGCUAUUCAGAUGGGGAAUGCCCAAUCUCUUCUUCUUGGAAAACAAAUUAAGUGCUCUUGGGGGAGCAAGCCCACUCCACCUGGAACUGCUUCAAAUCCCCUUCCCCCACCUGCUGCUGCAUCUCUGCCUGGGCUGUCUCCAAACGAUCUUUUGGCAUACGAGCGACAACUAGCCAUGAGUAAGAUGGGGAGCGUGCAUGCUGCCUUGAUGCAUCCCCAAAGCCAACAUUCUCUUAAACAAGCAGCGGCCAUUGGAGCCAGCCAAGCAAUAUAUGAUGGUGGGUUCCAGAAUGUUGCAGCUGCACAGCAAAUGAUGUAUUACCAGUAACACUCCGCGCUUCUCUUGAUGUGGUUUAUGCAACUAUUAUAUAUCCUGCCUGCUGCACAUUGAUUCCUGUUAAACUUUAGGGAGCUUUUACAUUUUACCCUUUUUCACUUCACGGUGGUUUGGUAGUUACACCUGCCAUAUUAGAUAAUUAUGAGCAAACAUUUGUAUGGGUUUGUAUCAUGUAUGCGGUUUUCUACUUAGUAGUGAUGAGUGUUUAUGAUUUUAAUAGGGAUUGUCUACCCUGACAUUUUUCUUCUCACACCCAUUUGGGUGUUACUAUGCGAUGCUUGUCAUCAAUAUCAUCAUCCUGUCUAUAGAUGCUGUUAUGUAUUUAUUAAAUAUUUCAAUGCACAAUCACUCUGCUAGUCGUAA